UCUCUCAUCCAACCCUCCCUCUCACUUCUCACACCAUUUCCACCCGUCAGUUCAACCUCCAACUUCAACUCCACAACACCUUCAACAAUGGCCUCUUCCAACCCCGCAAACUUCGCCAACCUGCCCAAGGAUGAGCUUAGGGAGAUUGCUGCAAAGGGCGGCCAUGCUUCCCACGGCUCCAGCCACGACGACUCCUCCAGCAACGACCACCCUGGCCGCAACCCCGACGGCACCUUCACAAAGGGCUCCGAGGUCGCCAAGGAGUUGGGUGCACAGGGCGGCCAUGCCUCUCAUGGCUCCGACGACUCUGGUUCCCACGCUCACAAGGACGCUGGUCGCAACCCCGAUGGAACCUUCAAGAAGGGCAGCGAGCUUGCCUCCGAGUUGGGAGCCCAGGGUGGACAUGCCUCGCAUUAG